UAGUGGACAUUUCGAUUGGACAAAGAUUUAGAAAUUCAUUGGAUACAGAGGCGCGGGACACGCAAAUACAUAAAAGAUCUAUAAAAGAAAAUCGAAAUGGAGGAAAUCCAGCCUUUCGAUAAGGUUGGCUUCUUGGAGAGCUAUCUGCUGAAGCACAAGGAGCUGGGCAAGCGCCAGCGCGAAUACAAGAAGAUUUUGUCCAGCAAACUCAAGACCCGCAAGGAGACCAUCAUCGAGGCCAGCUAUGAGACGGCCAACGAUCAGCUGGAGGAGGAGAAGAACGACCUGAGGGCCCAGAUCUGGGUGGCCAGUGGUACCACGCACAAGAAGAACAAUGAGCGCUGCCUAGAGCUGAUCCGUUGCCAUGUCGAGUGCCAGGAGAAUCUCUCGCAGGACAUCAAUUCACUGAAGACCUCCAUCCUGAACAUGGAACGUGAGACGAGCCGGAUGGCCAAGCAAAUCUACAACCUGAACCGGCUAACAAUUCCCGACCAGCAGCACCAGGCCUAUGUGAUGAAGGCCCGCAAGCGGUUGAAUAUCUUGGAGAAUUCGUUGGAAGUAGGAAUACGACAGGAGUGUGGCUUCACUGCGGCCAAUGCAGAGUUAAGGGAGCAGCUCAUUCGCAUCCUUAAUCAUCGCACCUUCUUCAACGAAUCGUACACCAAGAUGGUGCAGAAACUCAACAGCGACAAGAAGUACCUUUUAGAUCUUAUUGAGUACGCUGUGAACACCUUCGAUGGCUGCAUUGAGGUCUACGAGAAGAUCGAUAUGCUGGCCAAGCGGGAGACCAAGGAGCGAGAGCUGAGACGUGUGGAGAUGCAGGGCAUCAUGCGAAAGGUGGCCGCCGACGGGGACAACAGUGCCUUCCUGCAGUGCAAGUCCAAGGUCAGGGAGCUGGCCGAUCUACAGCCCAAGGAGUACAAGCGACGAGAUGAGUUCCGACGCCUCCACAACAAGAAGAUCAAUCUAUACAACUCGGUGCUGCAGAAGAUCCUGGCGUACACCGACUCCAACAACGUUGACGAAGUGAUCGAGAAGUUCCAGCAGCAGGAGAGCCUCUACUACUCCUUCUUCAACUAUGCCAACGAGAUGAGCUAUCACAUCACACUGCUGAAUAACUCGGUGAAUCGCCUCUUCGAGGACAUUGUCGCCUUGAAGAAGGACAACUCGAAUACGCUGCAGGACCAGCUGGAUGAGAUUGCCAACCUGGAGGCCAAGGUGCGUGACAAGGAGGAAUCCAACAUGGAAUUGCACAAGGCCAGGGAAAGCAACGAUGCCCGACUUGAGAACCUCUUACAGGGAGUGGAAACUGUCUGUGAAAUGUGCUCCAUCGAUGCCUCCCCGCUGUCAAAAUUGCUUGGGGAUCACACCCACGUGAACUUGGUCAACGUAAGCCGCUUCCUUAAGAUACUCGAGGUGAGGGUCCAGGAGCUGACGGCCAGCGUGUAUGUGACCCAGCGCCAGGAGACGGGCAACUUCGAUUACGUGGUCAAGCAGAUCGAGAAGGUCUGUGAGCUGCCCACUGAUCUCAACGAUAUUGUGCUCACCCAGCAGUGUCCCGAGUGCGCCGAGGGUGAGGCCUUCAACAUGGAUGAAGGCGGCGACGGCGUUUUGGUCCACACCGUUACCGAGGCCAAGAGGAAGCUAUACGAGAAGGUCACACAGCCGGAGAUGCAGUACCGCCUGCAUAGCAUCAGUCAGUGCCGACUGCCACGUUCCCGUCUCCUGGCCGCUAAGCGAAAUAUGUAGAUCCUUGAUCAAGGAUCAAGAGUGCAGCUUCUAUAGAAGCUUUAUUCACAAAUCUAGCAAGGGAUCAUGCACUCGUUUUCUAUUUCAGACUGAUAUGAUCCCUUUUUAUGUCCAGGUAUCCAUUAAGGAUAUCUGAUGCUUUAAAUUCUAAAUAUUCUCGGUUACAAUUAUAAUAAAUUUCAAACUUAUGCUGGAUAAAGUCAAAUUUUAAACUUCAGGAAACGAUAUUUGAAGAGUAGCCAACACUGCGUAUGCGUGAUAUGUGAAAUAUUCUGCAAGCACUGAAGAAAAUAGGAAGUUCACAUGCAAUACUUUAAAUUAUUUGUUAUUAAAGGAAUUUAAAUUACCCUUUCCCGCCCUAAUUAAUAUAAAAAUAUAUAUAUUCAAUUCA